AUGGCGCCAGAGGAUCCGUGGGUGAUCAAGGAUGCAGGCAAAGACAUCGUGGAGGAACGGCAGAGGUCCCAUGCGCCGGGUGGCGGAUCUGGAGCCGUGCCGCUUCAGCAAGAAGUGCAAGAAGCGCGACUGCCCGAACGCACACCCCGAGGGCCCGGGAAGCCUGGGACGGACUCGUCGGUCAGCGAUUCCGAGCUCUCGUCGGGCACCGGGAUGAGGUGCAGCGUUUGGCGGGAACAAACCCAAAGAAAGAUGCCUCACUACUGGGCGCUGGCGCUGGCGGCACCGCUGGUGCUGCUGGGGCACACCGUGCGUGCGGAGGACUGUGUGGUGGACGCUACAGGCGAGUGCGAGGACGCCGAGCUCUCCCUGCGCCAGCUGCGCGGCGAACGGCUCUCGCGGCACCUGGGCGAGGACCAGGCCGCUCCAACCUGCGCCGCCUACGGCUGCGGGGAGUUCGUUCGAAACCAUCCAUGCCAGUGCACCCCACAGUGCAAGAAGUUUGGGAACUGUUGCCCGGACUAUCAAGCCACUUGCGUCAAGAAGGAGGAUGCGGCGCUGGGGAGCGACGUGGAUUCCCCCACGGUCCCGGAGGAAGACGCGGCGCCCAGCUGCGCCAGCUUCGGCUGCAGCGAGAAGUACGUGGCGAACCAUCCCUGCCAGUGCACUGCCAAGUGUGCGAAGUUUGGAAAUUGCUGCUCGGAUUUCAAAGCCGUGUGCCUGGCGAAGGAGGAGGCCUCCGAGGCGCCUGCGGCGCCUGCCACCACGACGACAGAGGCGGAGGUAACAACUACGUCCAGCACCACUGCAGAGGAGACGGCGGCGGAGGAGGAGGAUGUGACGGCAGAGGAUGCAACAGGAGAAACGGAUGAUGCCUGGAAAGGCACCGUGGACGGCAUCCUUCAUCUCGAUGAUGACUGGAUCAAGCAAGACAAGGUAGCCGGGGAGUGUGCCACCGCUAAGCGUGGAGACGAGUGCUUCAUCGCCGUCAACUGGGCCAUGUCCGAUGGCAUCUACGAGCACCCUGAGUGGUGGCCAGAGCUGCAAGCUGGCGCGUCCAGUUUUGAAGAGUUCCAAGCUCAUCAGCACCUCAUGAAUGCCACACUGUGCCCACAGCCCUGCAUGGUGAGGUAUCAGCAGUACUUGGUGCCCACCUACCGGUCUCAGCACCAGUAUCCCAUGAAGGGCGUCUCCUAUGGAGCGUCUCCGCUGAAGAACACGGGCGUUCUGUUGACCGAUGACGAUUUCAUGACAGACAUCACGGGCGCCAUGUGGGACAGUUGGGGCCGUGGAGAUUUGGAUUUGCUGAAAUCCAUGGGUGUGAAUACGUUGCGCAUGUACGGCAACGAUCUGAACUACAGCCACCGGAGCUUUUUGGAUGGAGCCUAUAAGCGGGACAUGGACAUCAUCGUGGGCCUCAGUGACUGGGGCUUCAUCCAAGGGCCGGAUCCUUGCGACAGGAAUGGCUACGAGUGCUUCUCCCAAGUCUACGAGGCCUACAAGAACAACCUCCUGAAAGGCUUUACCAUUCGGAACUACACCAUGUACCACCCUGCUCUCAAAGCGUUGAUCAUUAGCAACGAGCCCGACCUGAAGGUCCACCCGAGGACCUCUGUGUGUCGUGCGAUGAUUAGCAGCCUGGAUGCGAUUUUGCAGGCGGAGAAGGACCUGAAUGUUACGGAGAAUCCCAUUGCUUUCACCGUGACCUUCUCUUUUGCAGCCUUUGGGAAGAACCCUCCAGGGCUUGGACAAAUGCAGGAGCUCUACCACUGCCUGGAACAUCCAGAAGCACCUCCGACCAACUACAAGCCGAAGAACGAUGUCUUGACGGCCUUCCACCAGCGCUGGGUACACAGCUUCAACACGGCCGCCCCGGGGCAUGUGGUCGAGGAGCUCUUCCUCGACAAGUACAAGAAGAGCAUUUUUUGGUCAGAGAAGAUGAAGAUCCCUCUGUUCAUUGGCGAGUACCACAGUGUGCACGUGGGCGCGAAGGAUGACUUACCCAUUUUGGUUGGCGAUGCGCUGUCGCCAACGUAUCCCUUCUUCCUGGGCUACAACUUUUUUGAGUUCUCGGUCCGCUACGAUAAGGGCGGCAGCGAGAAGAAGUUCGGGAUGUUCGGCUAUGGUGAUUGCCCACUGCUCGACAUGAACUACAGUGGCCAGGUCUAUACCAUUUGGGACUUGGUGCCGGCGCCCGACAAGUAUGGCUACCCACUCUCCGUGGCACUGAGCGCAGCCUAUGGCAAGGGCAGCAAGCUGCCCACCUUGCGGAAGAGCCCGUGCAUGGAGGCCACCCUCGGCGUCAGCUGA